AUCAACAAGUACUGGUAUUUGUUGUGGGGCACGUCUGUCUACUUAUAGUAUACUUGGCUGUCUUCGCUCUCUACGUUUGGCGACCUGAGAGCACAGCCUCUACGGCAAUGCAUAAAACAACUCUAUAUUGUUUGUCAUUGAAUACCGAGUUGAAAUAGUACUAACGUACAGCAGCACCCGCUCAAGUGGCUAUCGGCUCAUACUCCGCCAUGACAAUUGACGGCACUGUGACCAGAUACGACUCAAGGUGGAACAUGUCAUCGAGCUGGGUAGGACAGCCUUCACCAAGGCUAGAUGCGUUAUGGGAUGAGUUGACACCACCAAUACCGCGGAUCCGACUUACACACAACGAAAUGCUAUGGGCUGGCUACGACAUCCACGACGCCUUACUUCUCGAUGAUGGGGACCACACAGCCAUCUUGAACGUUCACCACCAGUUGCAUUGUCUAAAUGCAAUCCGGAAAAUGACAUACAUAGAUUAUUAUACAGCAUUGGGUCAACAUGAAAGCCACGCUUUGGCGAAAAACCACGUUGACCAUUGCAUUGAAAUGCUGAGACAGUCUUUGAUUUGCUAUGCCGACAUUUCAGUGAUGCCAUAUAUCAAAGAUGGGGAAGGUCAUGUCAGACCGGACUUUGAUGUAGCUAUGCAGUGUCGAGACUACGACAGGAUUGUUAAAUGGAACUGGGAAAACAUCGAUCGCCGACCUCUGCCGGCACCUGUCAGCGAUGAGUGACAGUAAGCGUUGCGAUUAUAAGAUGACCAAACUAGAUAGCAACCAAAUUUUACAACAUAAUAUCAAAGAUUCUAUCCAACUUUGAUUGACCUGUUUCACCAGGAUAUUGUUGGAUUCCGGUAGCGCCGAUUGUGCUACAGACCAACGCCCCGUUAGUACUACCUCGGUACCUGCAUGAUGACAAUAUACGAGGAGGAAAUUUAUCCCGCGCCGCACUGUUGGAGUAUGGCUCCAACAUGAACUGCUCAUUUCGUCCCCUCUUCU